GAUACUAUUUCUGCGUGGUAAACGUUCUCUUGCGUUUCGAUAUAUUUAUAUUGUUCGGCUUCAACGUUUGUUUUGGUUGAGAUUACUGGUUUAUAUUUCUUUUUAAGGAAUGGGUUUAAUUUGAGAUUUAACAACUUAACAAUAAACCUAAGAAGUUUUUUUUCUCAAGUGCUGUUUUGGUAAUACAGGAGUACAUCAUAAAUGGUUGCCGGCUGCUUAAGGAUGUAACAGUUGAUUUUUUCCCAUCUAUUACUUACUAUUCUAGUAUUUUAACCAUAAAAUAAUAAAACAACAAAAUAAAACAAAAGCCAUGGGCAACGAUAGGGUGAAUGCAAGGAGACGAAGUAGGAGUCGUGAGAGGGACAGAAGAGAAAGGAAGAGAUCACGAAGUCGUUCGCGAAGAUCAAGAAGUAAAAGUCGAGAGAAGGAUAGAGACCGGGAUAGAUUUAAAAGAGCAAAUAAGGAUGAUGGGAAGUCAAACCAAAACCAUAACAAGAUUGACUCUAAGGCAGAUUUAAAAAAACAGGAAGAAAACAAGAAUGAAGUUCCCACACAAAAAAAAGAGCCAUUAUCUUUAGAAGAACUCUUGGCGAAGAAGAAAGCCGAAGAAGAAGCAAAAAGCAAGCCUAAAUUUCUUACAAAAGAGGAACGUGCGGCUGAGGCAAUAAGGAAAAGACAGUUGGAGGUAGAGUUGCAAAGGAAACAAUUGGAAGAACAAAAGAAAAAAUUUGAGUCUUUCCGAGUGCCAGAUGAAAAUAGGAGAGAACAUGAUAAUAGAAGAGAACGACAGCCAAGAGGGUCUCAACCCGAGAUUAGGUCCAACGAGGACAAAGAGUUGAUAAAAGACAAGGAAAAAGAAGGUGAAGCCAUCAAAGAGAGAUAUUUAGGUCUAAUUAAAAAGAAGAGGAGGGUCAGAAGAUUAAAUGAUAGAAAAUUUGUAUUUGAUUGGGAUGCCUCAGAAGACACAUCUGUAGAUUACAAUCCACUGUACAAAGAAAGACAUCAGGUACAAUUUUUUGGCAGGGGAAAUGUUGCUGGAAUAGACAUUAAAGCUCAAAAGAGAGAUCAAUCGAAAUUUUAUGGCGAUCUUCUAGAAAAGAGAAGAACGGAAGCUGAAAAAGAACAAGAGAAGGUACGUUUGAAAAAGGUUAAAAAGAAGGAAGACAAACAAAAGUGGGAUGACCGACACUGGUCAGAAAAGGAUCUGCCUGAAAUGACUGAAAGGGACUGGCGAAUAUUUCGAGAGGAUUACAAUAUCACUAUUAAAGGAGGAAGAAUCCCAGAUCCAAUUAGAAGUUGGAAAGAGGUCAAUUUCCCACCAGAAAUCAUGGAGAUUAUUGAUAAAGUUGGUUAUAAAGAUGCUACACCAAUUCAAAGACAGGCUAUUCCAAUUGGUUUACAAAAUCGUGAUAUUAUUGGAGUUGCUGAAACAGGUUCAGGAAAAACAUUGGCAUUCCUCAUUCCUCUAUUAAUGUGGAUCCAAUCGCUGCCUAAGAUUGAACGAUUAGAAGACGCUGACCAAGGACCAUACGCCAUAAUUUUAGCGCCUACACGUGAAUUGGCACAACAAAUAGAAGAAGAAACAAACAAAUUUGGUACUCCUCUUGGUAUCAGGACCGUUGUUGUAGUUGGUGGACUUUCCAGAGAGGAGCAAGGAUUUAGAUUACGUUUGGGUUGUGAAAUUGUAAUAGCGACACCUGGUAGAUUAAUUGAUGUGUUGGAAAAUCGUUAUUUGGUGCUGAAUCAGUGUACAUAUAUCGUUCUUGAUGAAGCAGAUAGGAUGAUUGAUAUGGGUUUUGAACCAGAUGUACAGAAAAUAUUGGAUUAUAUGCCAGUGUCAAAUUUGAAACCAGAUAAUGAUGACGCUGAAGAUGAAACAAAACUUUUGGCAAAUUAUUACACUAAAAAAAAAUACCGUCAAACUGUCAUGUUCACCGCAACAAUGCCUGCCGCGGUUGAAAGGUUGGCACGUACUUAUUUGAGGAGACCUGCUGUUGUCUACAUUGGUUCAGCUGGUAAACCAACAGAAAGAACGGAACAAAUCGUUUACAUGAUGACGGAACAAGAUAAGAGAAAGAAACUAAUGGAAUUGUUGAACAGAGGCGUUGAACCACCUGUUAUUAUUUUUGUAAACCAAAAGAAGGGAGCGGAUGUAUUAGCUAAAGGGCUAGAAAAACUUGGAUACAACGCUUGCACACUUCAUGGAGGCAAAGGACAAGAACAGAGAGAAUAUGCUUUGUCCAGCUUGAAGUCUGGAACUAAAGAUAUCCUUGUAGCUACUGACGUUGCAGGAAGAGGAAUUGACAUCAAGGAUGUAUCUAUGGUUAUUAACUAUGAUAUGGCAAAAACUAUCGAAGACUAUACUCACAGAAUUGGUAGAACUGGUCGAGCUGGAAAGACUGGAGUGGCUGUCACAUUCCUUACGAAAGAUGAUUCCGCACUAUUUUACGAUUUGAAACAAAUAAUAAUCUCCUCCCCAGUUUCCAGUUGCCCACCUGAACUUUUAAACCAUCCAGAAGCUCAACACAAGCCGGGAACGGUGGUAGUUGCGAAAAAAAGGAGAGAAGAAAAAAUAUUUGCUUAAUCCCCCCCCCAUUAUGUGUGGAUUUAUUAUGUUUAUUUGAAAGAAAAUAAAACGCAAGUUUUAUAACUAUUUCA